GAAACCCCUUUUGGCCGAGGGGUACCUUUCCCCAACGAGAGUGCUUUAUUCCAAUCCUCAGAUGAAACCCCAAUUUAUUUUGGAAUUCGCCGUUGCUCUAUAAGAGCACUGCAUUCCAAGUUUCGGAGCGAAGUUUAAGUCGGCGACGAGAAAAGAGAGAGCCAAUUCAGCUGUGGGUGGAGAAGGGAAAGGGUGAUGGAAUUAGAUGAUUGGGAGUUGAGCGCUGAAGAGCUCGAUCGCCUCGAAAGGGACGCUCUCAAACAAAUCGCUCGUAAAAAUUUGUCUUCUACUGCCACUGCCACCACUACCGCUUCGUCGUUUCCCACCGCCAAUUGUUCUUUUAAUGCACUGUAUACACUUUCGCCCGCCAAACCCACUGGCGAGUCUCCACAUAGUAAGGUUGAGCCAAAAGUAACCGAACAACAAGAUGGUAAUUGCUUGAAGGAACACCCAAAGGUAUCUGUUAAGCUUUUUCUACAUGCUAGUGGAAAUAUUGCUGCAAAAUUUGUUUAUGACCAGGUACUUAUAGGAUCUUUUCGCAAGAUCUCCAAGGCUAGCUGGAAUGCUAAGGAGAGAUUGUGGAUGUUCCCCAUCUCAUCCCUGUCAUCAGUAGAAAAAUCACUAAGUGAAAUACCUGGUUUCAGUGUUGAGCAGGUAGAGGGUCUUGAUCCUUUGGUACGACGUGCAAUUGUUGCUGCCUCUGCUGUUCCCGAUCUUCGAGAUCGAUAUCACAGGAUGCCAAGUAAUAUUGAAGCAAAGCUUCUGCCCUUUCAGCGUGAUGGUGUGAGGUUUAUAUUGCAGCAUGGAGGGCGUGUCCUCUUAGCGGAUGAAAUGGGAUUAGGAAAAACACUUCAGGCUAUCGCUUUUGCCACUUGCAUUCGUGAGUCUUGGCCAGUUCUUGUUCUCACCCCAUCUUCUCUGAGGUUGCAUUGGGCUUCAAUGAUUCAACAAUGGUUGGACAUACCUUCCUCGGACAUACUUGUAGUUUUAUCUCAAUGGGGUGGGUCGAACAGGGGAGGAUUCACAGUGGUGUACUCAAACACCAAGGGUUCUAUUCAUCUUGAUGGCAUUUUCAAUGUUAUAUCCUAUGACAUUGUCCCCAAGUUGCAGAACACUAUUAUGGCUUCAGAAUUUAAGGUUGUUAUUGCAGAUGAAUCACAUUUCUUGAAGAAUGCCCAAGCAAAGCGAACAAGUGCUUCUCUUCCUAUAUUACAGAAAGCUCAAUACGCAAUAUUGCUCAGUGGAACACCUGCUUUAUCGCGACCAAUUGAAUUAUUCAAACAGCUGGAAGCUUUGUAUCCGAAUGUAUAUAAGAAUGUUCAUGAGUAUGGUAACCGAUAUUGCAAGGGUGGUAUAUUUGGUCUAUAUCAAGGUGCCAGUAAUCAUGAGGAACUUCACAACUUGAUGAAAGCAACAGUAAUGAUCCGCAGACUCAAAAAGGAUGUCCUUGCUGAGCUUCCUGUGAAACGCAGGCAACAGGUUUUCUUAGAUUUGGCCGAGAAGGACAUGCGACAAAUUAAUGCUUUAUUUAGAGAGUUGGAGGUUGUGAAAAGCAAAAUCAAGGCUUGCCAAUCGAAAGAGGAUGCAGACUCACUCAAGUUUUCUGAGAAGAAUCUUAUUAAUAAGAUUUAUACUGAUUCUGCAGAAGCAAAAAUUCCAGCAGUUUUGAAUUACCUGGAAACCAUUGUAGAGGCUGAUUGCAAGUUUCUAAUAUUUGCUCACCAUCAAUCCAUGAUUGAUUCAAUACACCAAUUUCUUCAGAAAAAAAAAGUCAGUUGCAUACGAAUAGAUGGUAGCACUCCGGCAGCGUUAAGGCAAUCUUUGGUAACAGAUUUUCAGGAAAAGAAUGCAAUUAAGGCAGCAGUGCUAUCCAUCAAAGCUGGAGGCGUUGGGUUAACCCUGACAGCUGCAAGCACAGUCAUUUUUGCAGAGUUAUCUUGGACUCCAGGAGACAUGAUUCAAGCAGAAGAUCGUGCUCAUAGGAUUGGCCAGGUGUCAUCAGUCAAUAUAUAUUACCUGCUAGCAAAUGACACGGUUGACGACAUAAUAUGGGAUGUUAUCCAGAGCAAGUUGGAAAAUUUAGGACAGAUGCUUGAUGGCCAAGAGAAUUCGUUGGAAGUUUCCACUAGCCAGCCGAAAAGCAGCCCAGCAAAACAGAAAACACCAAAAAGCAGCCCAGCAAAACAGAAAACGCUAGACUCUUUCAUCAAGCGCUGUAACACCACGAGUAACCACGAAGAUCAGCCCAAUCUAAAAUACCCCAGGCAAUGAGAAAUUGAUCCCACAAACUGCUGAUGUACGAUCAAAAGUAUAUAUGUAAAUAUGUAUGGCAGAUGAGAGUUGAUUUACUGGUCGAAUUUGUAUACUAAGCUCCUUUUGGUUAGUUUGGCAGCUUGAACGGGCUGGAAGCUGAAUGACAAAUUCUGUACUUAUGUUAACCAGAUAGCAUUAUCUUUUCAAGUGACCCUUAAAAGUGAUGGGGUCAUCUUAUAAAUGGUCAUUUACCUUGGGAGCU